AUGAAGGAAGCUGUCAUUAGCCAAGGCCCAAAGGUGACCAUUCAGGAUUCACCAAUUCCGAAGCCUGGGCCACGACAAGUUGUCACGAAGAUUGUUUACAGCGGUAGCAAUCCUAAAGACUGGAAGAUCCCGGAAUGGCUGGCGGAUCAACCACCAAUGAACCAAGGCGACGAUAUCAGCGGUAUUGUGCAUGAGGUCGGGGAAGAUGUUAUAGAGUUCAAAAAGGGCGAUAGAGUCGCGGCUUUUCAUGAGAUGAUGACUCCUGGAGGUUCUUACGCAGAGUAUGGUCUUUCCUGGGAUCACACAACGUUCCAUCUGCCCAAGACUACUAGCUUUGAAGAGGGCGCCGCCAUCCCGCUGGCAGCACUCACAGCAGCCGUCGGGCUUUUCGCUGACGAUACCCUGAAUCUUCCUCAACCGAUCGCGCCCGCCUCCUCACCAAUCCCACUUGUCGUUUACGGUGCCAGCUCAGCCGUAGGCACAUACGUUCUGCAACUCGCCUCCCGCGCAAACAUCCACCCGCUCAUCUGCGUGGCCGGUCGCGCUCAAACUCACGUGGAGCAGUUCAUCGAUCGAUCCAAAGGAGACACGAUCAUAGACUACCGCAACGGAGACGAAGCAGUUUCGGAAGGUAUCAAAGCCGCGUUAAAGGGGCAAAAAUUGGAAUAUGCAUACGACGCUGUCAGUGAGAAGGGAAGCUACCAGAAUAUCUGCAAAGUGCUGGAGCCCAAGGGGAAGAUCACUCUUGUGCUCCCUGGGAAGGAAUACGAGGAGAUUCCCGAGGGUGUGCAAUUCAGCACAACGAAUGUUGGUAGUACCCAUGGGAAGAACAAGGACUUGGGAUUUGUAUACUCGAGGCUCUUUACUAGAGGAUUGCAGGAGGGGUGGUUUAAGGCUCAACCGCAGGAAGUCGUCCCUGGGGGUUUGGGUGGGAUUGAAAGCGCAUUGGAGAAGUUGAAGGAUGGUACGGCUAGUGCUGUGAAGUACAUCUUUGAGGUUGGAAAAACUGAGGGAGCUACGGGUUGA